UUUAGGAGCUGAUGCAUCAGACUAACGCUGCUUUUGCCCAGCGUUUCUCAGGAGGGAGGACAGUUGGAGAGGCUUUGCUGCUAAGGAAAUUUAUUUAAAUAUUGCUGGUUUGAGGGGGGGGACACACACACAAAGAAAAGAGUUGCAGAAGAAAACCAAGCAAGAAUCCAUAAAGACCAAUGGUGGGAAGAGAGACAUUAACGUCAUUAACUUAAGUGAGUAAGUGACAGGCACAGAUAAACUCUGGAAAGAUGGAGGAAGAAGAGUAUGAGGAAGUUGUGGAGUACUACAUUGAAGAGGAGGUCAUUGAGGAGGGUGAACCCGUGGAGAUUAUUACUGAGUAUACAGAGACAACAUACACCUCUGGAUCCUCUCCACAUACUACAGUAACUACAAAGCAUACUUCAGGAACCACAGGAACCACUCAGCAGACCUCAGCCCCGGUGAGAAAAAGGGUUGUACGGACAAAAGUGGACACGUCUAAGUUUCUGACACCUUAUCUGGAUCACAGUUCAAAGAUGCAAAAACUCUUCAGUGAUAAAAAGUACAAAGAGAAAUUUGAGAAAGAAAAAGGAAAACCAUGUGCAAUCACAACUGACACCCCGGAACAUCGAAGAAUCAAGAAAGCUCAGGACCAGCUCAGUGAGGUUAAAUAUCGCAUGGCUGGUGAUGUGGCUAAAACUAACUGUCACGUUGAUGGAAAGGCAAAAGACAUAGAACAUGCAAAGAAAGUCUCCCAGCAAGUCAGCAAGGUCUUAUACAAACAGAACUGGGAAGAGAAUAAGGAAAAGUACCUGCUCCCUCCUGAUGCUCCAGAACUUGUGCAGGCAAUAAAAAACACAGCUUUGUACAGCAAGAAACGAUACAUUGAAGACUGGGAAGCAGACAAAACGCUGUACUAUCCUUAUGAUGACAGCCCAGAAUUAAGGAGAGUCGCCCAGGCCCAAAAGUCCCUCAGUGAUAUUGUCUACAAAAAAGGGCAUGAUGAACGCAAGGCUAAAUUCACCUCUCUGCCAGACCCACCUGAUGUGGAGCUUGCCAAAAAAGUAACUAGGCAGCUCAGUGAUCGUAACUAUCAUGAAGACUAUGAGAAGAUCAAAGGCAAAUGGAGCCAGACUCCUUGCUAUGAUGUUGCAGUUGCUCGAAUGAACGCUGACAACUUCAGCAUGAGAAAAUACCAGGAAGACUGGGAGAAUAAGAAAGAUCAAAUUUACUUUAUGCAAACAGAAACACCAGAGUAUGAGGUCAAUAAACGAGCUGGAGUAGCUGCUAGCAAGGUGAAGUACAAGGAAGAUUAUGAAAAAUCAAAAGCUUCUACAGAUUAUAAUGUUCUUCCAGCUACAGAGAACCCACUGCUCAAGCAUCUAAAAGCUGCUGGAAACCUUGUGAAUGAUAGACUGUAUAAGGAAGCAUAUGAAAAAGCAAAAGGAACAAGCAUUAACUACUGUGACACUCCAAAGUAUCAAAUUGACAGUGUUCUGAAAAACUUCAGCGAUGUUAAAUAUAGUGAGCCAUACAAAACUAAUAUCUUGGGCAAAUACAUUGGCAGUUAUGAGGACCCGUAUCACUCACAUUGCAUUAAAGUUGAAGCAAUGAAGAGUGAUAAAAACUACAAAGCGGACUAUGAAGAAGAUAAGACAAAAUGCUACUUCCCACAGACCAUAACUCAAGAGUAUGAAGCUAUGAAAAAACUAGACCAGUGCAAAGACUAUACCUACAAAAAGCAUCCCGAUACGAUCAAAUUUACGCAAGUGACAGAUUCUCCUGUUCAGGUGCAAGCACAGGUUAAUUCGAAGCAGUUGAGUGAUUUGAACUACAAAGCCAAACAUGAGGGUGAGAAAUUCAAAUGCCACUUCCCACCAGACGCUCCAUUGUUCCUCCAGUCCAGAGUAAAUGCAUAUAACCUCAGUGAUACUUGGUAUAAGUAUGACUGGGACAAAUCCAAAGCUAAGAAAUUUGAAAUCAAGCUUGAUUCCAUUCCUAUUCUUGCUGCUAAAGCCAAUCGCAAAAUUGCAAGUGAUGUGGAGUAUAAGAAGGGUUAUGAAAUGAGCAAAGGGAAGCUAAUUGGAGCUUUGAGCAUUGAGGAUGACCCCAAGAUGCUACAUUCUCUGAAAGUGGCCAAGCAGCAGAGUGAUAGAUUGUAUAGAGAAGCCUAUGAAAAAGGGAAAGGGAAAAGCAUUAACUACUGUGAGACUCCCAAGUAUCAGCUUGACAAUGCUCUAAAGAACUUCAGCGAAGUUAAAUAUAGUGAACCAUACAAAGCUAAUAUUUUGGGCAAGUAUAUUGGCACCUUUGAGGAUCCGUAUCAGGCACACUGCAUGAGGGUUGAAGCGAUGAAGAGUGAUAAAAACUACAAAGCAGACUAUGAAGAAGACAAGAACAAAUGCUACUUCCCACAGACCAUAACUCAAGAGUAUGAAGCUCUGAAAAAACUAGACCAGUGCAAAGAUUAUACAUACAGAAAACAUCCUGAUACCAUCAAAUUUACACAAGUGACAGAUUCUCCUGUUUUGGUGCAAGCACAGAUUAAUUCCAAGCAGCUGAGUGAUCUGAACUACAAAGCCAAACAUGAGGGUGAGAAAUUCAAAUGCCACAUCCCACCAGAUGCCCCAUUGUUUCUCCAGUCCAGAGUUAAUGCAUAUAACCUCAGUGAUACUUGGUAUAAGUAUGACUGGGACAAAUCCAAAGCUAAGAAAUUUGAAAUCAAGCUUGAUGCCAUUCCUAUUCUUGCUGCUAAAGCCAAUCGCAAAAUUGCAAGUGAUGUGCAGUAUAAGUUGGGUUAUGAAAAGAGCAAAGGGAAGCUAAUUGGAGCUUUGAGCAUUGAGGAUGACCCCAAGAUGCUGCAUUCUCGGAAAGUGGCCAAGCAGCAGAGUGAUCGUGAAUACCAUAAAGAUUAUGAACAGUCAAAGACCAAGUACAUAGCGCCCUUGGACAUGAUUUCAGUUGUACAAGCGAAGAAAACACAGGCUAUGGUCAGCAACAUAGACUACAAGCAUCUCAUUCAUAAUUAUUCCUCUCCUCCUGACAGUAUUACUGUAGAACUUGCCAAAAAAGCUAAUGCUAUACAAAGUGAUAAUGAAUAUAAAGCAGAUUACAACAGUUGGAUGAAAGGCUGUGGCUGGGUGCCCUUUGGGUCCCUGGAUGCCGAAAAAUCUAAAAGAGCUUCAGAUAUUCUCAGUGAGAGAAAAUACCGUCAGCAUCCAGACACUCUUAAGUUUACCCAUAUUGCAGAUGACCCGAUUAUAGUACAAGCUAAGGUCAACCAGGCCCAGAGAAGUGAUGUACUUUAUAAAGCCAAAAAUGAAGAUGUAAUUCACAAAUAUCACCUCCCAGCAGAUGCACCUCAGUUUAUCCAGGCAAAAGUUAAUUCCUACAAUAUAAGUGAUAACAUCUACAAACUAGGAUUGGAAGAACUGAAAUCGAAAGGUUAUGACCUGCGAAACGAUGCUAUCUCAAUCAAAGCUGCCAAGGCAGCUAGACAUAAUGCUAGUGAUUUCCAGUAUAAGAAAGACCAUGAACUUGCCAAGGGUAAAAUGGUUGGCUUCCAGAGCCUUCAAGAUGACCCCAAGUUGGUCCACUAUAUGAAUGUUGCCAAGAUGCAGUCAGAGAGGGAGUACAAGAAAGAUUACGAGAAAAGCAAAACCAAGUACAACACUCCAUUGGAUAUGGUCAACGUUGUAGCUGCCAAGAAGGCCCAAGACAUUGCCAGCAAUACCAAUUACAAGCGCUUGCUGCACCAUUACACUUACUUGCCUGAUGCAAUGAGUGUGGAAUUAUCCAAAAACAUGAUGCAGAUUCAAAGUGAUAAUCUUUACAAGGCAGACUUUAAUAGCUGGAUGAAAGGCAUUGGGUGGAUCCCCAUUGGCUCGCUGGAUGUGGAGAAAGCUAAAAAAGCAGGAGAAGCUUUGAAUGAGAAGAAUUACCGCCAGCACCCAGAUACUAUCAAGUUUACCAGUGUGGUAGACAACCCUAUCAUGGUGCAGGCUAAGCAAAAUGCCAUUCAACUCAGUGAUAGGCUUUACAAAUCUUCUGGAGAGGAAGUCAAGCAUAAAUAUAACCUGCCUGCAGAUGCUCCUCAGUUCAUCCAGGCGAAAUAUAAUGCAACUAACAUCAGUGAUAACUUUUAUAAACAUGGCUAUCAUGAGCUAAUAGCCAAAGGCCACAAUGUGUUGGGUGAUGCUAUUCCAAUUACUUUAGCCAAGGCUUCAAGAAACAUAGCGAGUGAUUACAAAUAUAAAGAAGCUUAUGAAAAGGCAAGAGGAAAACAUGUUGGUUUCAGAAGCCUGCAAGAUGAUCCUAAGCUUGUCCAUUCUAUGCAUGUGGCAAAGAUGCAGUCUGAACGUGAGUACAAGAAGGACUAUGAGAAGAGCAAGACCAGCUAUCACACCCCUGUGGAAAUGGUCAGUAUCCAAGCUGCCAAGCAGGCUCAGGAUGUGGCCUCUAAUACCAACUACAAACGCCUGAUCCAUAAUUAUAUAUGCCUGCCGGAUAGCAUCAGUGUUGAGCGGGCAAGGAACAUGAUGGAAAUUCAAAGUGAUAAUCUUUAUAAACAAGACUACAAUUCCUGGUUCAAAGGAAUUGGUUGGAGUCCUCUAGGCUCACUGGAUGUGGAAAAAGCUAGAAAGGCUGGAGAGGCAUUAAAUGAAAGGAAAUAUCGCCAACACCCAGAUACCCUCAAGUUCACAAGUUUGCUAGAUUCAAUGCCAAUGGUUUUGGCUAAGCAAAACACCAAGCAGCUAAGUGAUAUAAACUAUAAGGUGGAGGGUGAGAAAGUUAAACACACAUACCACUUGGAUCCUGAUGUCCCUGAAUUUAUUCAAGCCAAAGUCAAUGCCUACAAUUUAAGUAACGCUUGUUACAAAGCAGACUGGAAGAAGUUGAUUGCCAAAGGAUAUGAUCUGAAGCCAGAUGCCAUUUCCAUAAUUGCUGCAAAAGCUUCACGAAACAUCGCCAGUGAUUACAAGUACAAGGAAUCCUAUGAGAAAGACAAAGGAAAACAGGUUGGGUUCCGUAGCCUGCAAGAUGAUCCUAAAUUGGUCCAUUAUAUGAAUGUGGCCAAACUGCAGUCAGAACGCGAGUACAAGAAGGACUAUGAAAGCAGCAAGACCAAGUAUCACAUACCUCUGGACAUGUUCAGUGUGACAGCUGCCAAGAAAGCCCAGGAAGUGGUUACUGGUACAAACUACAGACAACAUCUGCAUAAUUACACCCUUUUGCCUGAUGCCAUGAGUGUGGCAUUGUCGAAAAACAUGAUGGAAAUUCAGAGUGAGAAUCUUUACAAAACAGAUUUCAAUAACUGGCUGAGAGGAGUAGGCUGGGUGCCAAUUCAGUCUCUGGAAGUGGAGAAGGCAAAGAGGGCCACUGACAUUCUCAGUGAAAAUAAAUAUCGUCAUCACCCAGACAAACUGAAAUAUACCAUUGACAUGGAUUCUAUGGAGCAGGUUCUUGCUAAGCAAAAUGCCCAUACCAUGAAUAAGAGACUGUAUGUGGACAAAUGGAACAAAGAGAAGACUGACAUUCAUGUGAUGCCUGACACACCAGAAAUACUCUUGUCCAAAGUUAACCAAGUCACAAUGAGCAAUAAACUAUACAAGGCUGGCUGGGAAGAAGAUAAGAAGAAAGGCUAUGAUCUGAGAUCCGAUGCUAUCUCAAUAAAAGCAGCCAAAGCUUCCAGGGACAUUGCAAGUGAUUACAAAUACAAACUGGCCUUUGAGCAGUCGAAAGGAAAGCACAUUGGGUUCCGUAGUCUGGAAGAUGACCCUAAGCUGGUACACUUCAUGCAAGUUGCUAAGAUGCAGUCAGAACGUGAAUACAAGAAGGACUAUGAGAAGUCAAAGACCAGGUUCCACACCCCAGUUGACAUGUUCAGUGUGGUUGCGGCCAAGAAGGGACAGGAAGUGGCAACUGAUAUAAACUAUAGGAAUAUUAUCCACACUUACAAUGUUUUGCCUGAUUCUAUGAACUUUGAACUGGCUAAAAACAUGAUGCAGAUACAAAGUGAUAAUCAAUACAAAGCAGAAUAUGCUGAAUUCAUGAAGGGAGUUGGAUGGAUUCCAUUAGGCUCUCUAGAAGCUGAGAAGAACAAGAAAGCCAUGGAAAUUGUUAGUGAGAAGAAGUACAGACAGCAUCCAGACAAACUAAAGUAUUCUAUUCUGAUGGAUUCCAUGCCCAUGGUCCUGGCCACAAGUAAUGCAAAAAUUAUGGAUGAGCACCUUUACAAAAAGGAUUGGGAAGCAGAUAAGAUGAAGAUUCACAUCACACCAGAUAUUCCUGAAAUUCUUCUGGCAAAAGUCAAUGCAUUUAACAUCAGCAAUAAAAUGUAUAAACAUUCCAUGGAAGAAGCGAAGAAAAAAGGGUAUGAUCUCAGGGCUGAUGCAAUCCCUAUUCAGGCUGCGAAGGCUUCUCGAGACAUUGCUAGUGAUUACAAGUACAAACUAGGCUAUGAAAAGGACAAGGGUAAGCUUGUUGGCUUCCGCAGCCUCCAAGAUGAUCCAAAGCUUGUCCAUUACAUGCAAGUAGCAAAGAUGCAGUCAGACCGUGAAUACAAGAAAGACUAUGAAACCAGCAAGACCAAGUACAAUACACCUGCUGAUACUUUCAGCGUCAUGGCUGCCAAGGAAGCGCAAGCAAAUAUCACCAACACCAACUACAAACGACUCAUCCACAAAUAUAUCCUCCUGCCUGAUGCACUGAGUGUAGCACAAGCAAGAAACAUGAAUCAGGUUCAGAGUAAUCACGAAUACAAACAAGACUACAAUGAGUGGUACAGAGGACUUGGAUGGAGCCCUAUGGGAUCUCUGGAUGUUGAAAAGUCGAAGAAAGCCACUGAAAUUGCAAGCGAUACAAAGUACCGCCAACACCCAAGCCUUUUCCCAUUUAGGAAGCAGACUGACUCUAUGGAUAUGGAGCUUGCCAAGCACAAUGCUCAUGUCAUGAAUAAGCAUGCAUACAUAGAGGCAUGGGAGAAGGAUAAGACGAAGAUUCACGUGAUGCCGGAUACACCUGAUAUUAUGCAGGCCAAAGCGAACAAGUUUAAUUAUAGUGAGAAACUUUACAAACUUGGAUGGGAAGAAAUCUUAAAGAAAGGUUAUGAUCUCACAGCUGAAGCCAUUUCAGUGAAAUCAGCAAAAGCAUCAAGAGACAUUGCUAGUGAUUACAAGUACAAGCAAGGUUACCGCAAGCAACAGGGACAUCUCAUUGGAUUCCGGAAUGUGCAAGAUGAUCCCAAGCUUGUGCAUUCAAUGAAAGUAGCCAAGAUGCAGAGCGAAAGGGAAUACAAGAAAGAUUUUGAGAAGUGGAAGACCAAGUGUAAUCUACCUGUGGAUAUGUUGGGUUUCUUGCUGGCAAAGAAGUGUCAGUCCCUGGUUACUGAUGCUGAUUACAGAAGAAUUAUACAUCAGUGGACAUGUCUCCCAGACCAAAACGAUGUCAUCCAUGCUAAGAAAACAUAUGAACUUCAAAGUGAUAAUGCAUAUAAGGCUGAUCUUCAGUGGCUUAAAGGCGUUGGAUGGAAUCCAUAUGGAUCUCUAGAGUCAGAAAAGAACAGGAAAGCAUCUGAUAUCCUGAGUGAAAAGAAAUACCGUCAACAACCUGACACAAUUAAAUUUACAAGUAUUGCUGAUUCAAUGGAGGUGGUUUUGGCAAAAGAAAAUGCCAAACAUAGAAGUGAUAAACUGUAUAGAGAAGCUUGGGACAAUGACAAGACUCAGAUUCACAUCAUGCCUGACACUCCUGAAAUCAUUUUGUCUAGAGCCAACUUAAUUAACACAAGUGAUAAACUCUACAAGUUAGGAUUGGAAGAACUGAAGAAGAAAGGCUAUGACUUACCAGUCGAUGCCAUAUCACUCAAGACAGCAAAAGCAUCUAGAGAUAUUGCCAGUGAAUACAAAUACAAAGAUGGAUAUCGCAAGCAGCUUGGCCACCAUGUUGGAGCUCGGAGCAUACAGGAUGACCCGAAACUUGUACAUUCUAUGAAUGUAGCCAAGAUGCAGAGUGAGAGGGAAUACAAGAAAUACUUUGAAAAAUCGAAGACCAAGUAUACCAGUCCUGUGGAUAUGCUGGGUGUCUUAUUGGCCAAGAACUGCCAGAAAUUAGUCAGUGAUAUUGACUACCGUCAUUAUCUGCACCAAUGGACAUGUCUCCCAGACCAAAAUGAUGUUAUCCAUGCUAAGAAAACAUAUGAACUUCAAAGUGAUAAUAUGUAUAAAGCAGAUCUUGAAUGGUUAAAAGGCAUUGGCUGGUCUCCAAGUGGUUCUCUUGAAUCUGAGAAGAAUAAGAGAGCUUCCCAGAUCCUGAGUGACAAACAAUACAGACAGCAUCCUGACACACUCAAAUUUACUAGUCCUAUUGAUUCCUUGCCUAUGGCUUUGGCAAAACAUAACUCUGAAAUUAUGGACCAUCGCAUGUAUAUCGAUGCUUGGAAUAAGGAUAAAACCACCAUCCACAUUAUGCCAGAUACUCCUGAAAUUGUACUGUCACAACAGAACAAAAUCAACUUCAGUGAUAAAUUAUACAAACUUUCUUUAGAAGAGGCCAGGAGGAAGGGCUAUGAUCUUCGAGCAGAUGCAAUUCCAAUCAGGGCUGCUAAAGCUUCUAGAGAUAUUGCAAGUGAGUACAAAUAUAAAGAAGGCUAUCGCAAGCAGCUUGGCCACCACAUUGGAGCUCGAAGCAUACAGGAUGACCCGAAACUUGUGCAUUCCAUGAAUGUAGCCAAGAUGCAGAGUGAGAGGGAAUACAAGAAAUACUUUGAGAAAUCGAAGACCAAGUAUACCAGUCCUGUGGAUAUGCUGGGUGUCUUAUUGGCCAAGAACUGCCAGAAAUUAGUCAGUGAUAUUGAUUAUCGUCAUUAUCUGCACCAAUGGACGUGUCUCCCAGACCAAAAUGAUGUUAUCCAUGCUAAGAAAACAUAUGAACUUCAAAGUGAUAACUGCUACAAGGCAGACCUCGAGUGGCUAAAAGGCACUGGCUGGGUUCCUAUUGGUUCACUGGAAAAUGAAAAAGUCAGGAAGGCUGGAGAGAUCCUCAGUGAAAAGCUGUAUCGACAGCCACCAGACCAGUUCAAAUUCACCAGUAUAACAGAUUCUCUAGAGAUGAACUUGGCCAAGCAUAAUGCAGAAACGAUGAAUAAGCGCUUGUAUACUGAAGCUUGGGAGAAAGACAAGACUACAAUCCAUGUCAUGCCUGAUACGCCUGAAAUCAUGCUGUCAAAACUCAACAAGCUAAACUAUAGUGAGAAAUUGUACAAACUGGCCCUGGAGGAAUCGAAGAAGAAAGGCUAUGACCUGCGUGUGGAUGCUAUCCCAAUUCAAGCUGCCAAGGCAUCCAGAAAUAUUGCUAGCGAUUACAAAUAUAAAGAAGGUUAUCGCAAGCAGCUUGGCCACCACAUUGGAGCUCGGAGCGUACAGGAUGACCCGAAACUUGUGCAUUCCAUGAAUGUAGCCAAGAUGCAGAGUGAGAGGGAAUACAAGAAAUACUUUGAGAAAUCGAAGACCAAGUAUACCAGUCCUGUGGAUAUGCUGGGUAUCUUAUUGGCUAAGAACUGUCAAAAAUUAGUUAGCGAUAUUGAUUACCGCAACUACUUGCACCAGUGGACGUGUCUUCCAGACCAGAAUGAUGUUAUCCAAGCUAAAAAAGCCUAUGAGCUCCAGAGUGAUAAUUGCUACAAGGAAGAUCUUCAGUGGCUAAAAGGCAUUGGCUGGGUCCCUAUUGGUUCACUGGAAAAUGAAAAAGUAAGGAAGGCUGGAGAGAUCCUCAGUGAAAAGCUGUAUCGACAGCCACCAGACCAAUUCAAAUUCACCAGUAUAACAGAUUCUCUAGAGAUGAACUUGGCCAAACAUAACGCAGAAACAAUGAAUAAGCGCUUGUAUACUGAAGCUUGGGAGAAAGACAAGACUACAAUCCAUGUCAUGCCUGAUACGCCUGAAAUCAUGCUGUCAAAACUCAACAAGCUAAACUAUAGUGAGAAAUUGUACAAACUGGCCCUGGAGGAAUCGAAGAAGAAAGGCUAUGACCUGCGUGUGGAUGCUAUCCCAAUUCAAGCUGCCAAGGCAUCCAGAAAUAUUGCCAGCGAUUACAAAUACAAAGAAGGAUAUCGCAAGCAGCUUGGCCACCAUGUUGGAGCUCGAAGCGUACAGGAUGACCCGAAACUUGUGCAUUCCAUGAAUGUAGCCAAGAUGCAGAGUGAGAGGGAAUACAAGAAAUACUUUGAGAAAUCGAAGACCAAGUAUACCAGUCCUGUGGAUAUGCUGGGUGUCUUAUUGGCUAAGAACUGCCAAAAAUUAGUUAGCGAUAUUGAUUACCGCAACUACUUGCACCAGUGGACGUGUCUUCCAGACCAGAAUGAUGUCAUCCAAGCUAGAAAGGCUUAUGAUCUACAGAGUGAUAAUAUUUACAAAGCAGAUUUGGAAUGGCUGAAAGGUAUUGGGUGGGUUCCUGCUGGCUCUUUGGAAGUUGAAAAGGUGAAGAGAGCUGGAGAAAUUCUAAGUGAAAAGAAGUACCGACAGCCACCUGAUCAAAUCAAGUUUACCAGCAUCACAGAUUCAUUGGAGAUGGAGUUGGCAAAACAUAAUGCUGAGACGAUGAACAAGAGAUUAUACACUGAGGCCUGGGAUGCCGACAAGACGACCAUUCAUGUCAUGCCUGAUACCCCAGAGAUUAUGCUGGCAAAGGCCAAUUCAGCCAACAUCAGCCAUAAACUUUAUGUUGAGGGAUGGGAAGAGGCCAAGAAGAAAGGAUAUGACCUGAGAGCUGAUGCAAUUUCUAUCACAAGUGCAAAGGCGUCGAGGGAUAUAGCUAGUGAUUACAAAUACAAAGCAGCAUAUGAGAAGCAGAGAGGGCAUUACAUUGGCGUCCAAAGCCUUCAAGAAGAUCCCAAGUUGGUAUGGUUUACACAUGUAGCCAAGAUCCAGAGUGAGAGAGAGUACAAGAAAGACUUUGAGAAAUGGAAAACCAAGAUCCAUAGCCCAGUUGAUAUGCUGUCAAUAUUGCUGGCUAAGAAUUGUCAGAAGUUGGUCAGUGAUGUGGACUACCGCCGUUACUUGCAUGAGUGGACUUGCCUGCCAGACCAGAAUGAUGUUAUUCAGGCGAAGAAAGUUUACGAAUUACAGAGUGAUAAUGCAUACAAGUCAGAUUUGGAAUGGUUGCGUGGUAUUGGCUGGAUACCAGAAGGUUCUUUGGAAGUUAUCAAAGUGAAGAAAGCUCAGGAAAUCUUGAAUGACAGACUCUACCGGCAACGGCCAGACACUCUGAAAUUCACCGCUAUUGUUGACUCUCCAGAUAUUGUCUUGGCUAAGGCCAAUGCUCUGCUUCAUAGUGGGGCUUUAUAUCGUGAAGCCUGGGAUAGAGACAAGAUACAAUACACUCUUCCACUUGAUACUCCUGAGAUGGUGUUGUCCAAAGCAAAUGCUCUGAACGUCAGCAAAAAACAUUAUCAAUUAGGAUGGGAAGAAGCCAAGAAAAAAGGUUAUGACUUAAGAGCAGAUGCCAUUGAAAUCCAGCAUGCCAAGGCUUCUAGAAAUAUUGCCAGUGAGUACAAAUACAAAGAAGGCUAUCGUAAGCAACUUGGACACCAUGUUGGAGCUCGCAGUAUACAGGAUGACCCCAAGCUGGUUUUGGCUAUGCAUGUAGCCAAAAUGCAGAGUGACAGGGAGUACAAGAAAACCUUUGAGAAAAUAAAGACCAAGAUCCAUAGCCCAGUGGACAUGCUGUCUGUCUUGUUGGCCAAGAACUGCCAGAAGCUGGUCAGUGACAUUGAUUACCGCCGCUACCUCCAUGAAUGGACCUGUCUGCCUGACCAGAAUGAUGUCAUCCAAGCCAAGAAAGCCUAUGAGCUACAGAGUGAUAAUGUGUACAAAUCAGACUUGGAGUGGCUGCGGGGCAUUGGCUGGAUGCCAGAAGGCUCUGUGGAAGUGCUCAAAGUGAAAAAAGCUCAAGAGCUUGUGAAUGACAGAUUGUAUAAGCAACCUCCAGACUCCCUGAAAUUUACCAGUAUUGCUGACCCACCACCUGUUGUCUUGGCAAAGAUCAAUUCUCAACAAAUUAGUGAGAGUCUGUACCGUGAAGCCUGGGAUAAAGAGAAGACCCAGUUCAGUCUUCCUGCGGACACCCCUGUGAUGUUGCAGUCUAAGAUUAAUGCUCUGACUAUAAGCAAUAAACAUUAUACCGGAGCCUGGGAUGAAGCCAAGGCAAAAGGUUACGACAUAAGAGCUGAUGCUAUUUCAGUCAAACAUGCUAAAGCUUCCAGAGAAAUUGCCAGUGAGUACAAGUACAAGGAAGCUCAUGAGAAACAGAAAGGCCACUACAUUGGAUGUCCUUCAGUACAGGCAGAUCCCAAACUUUCAUGGGCUGCUAAAGUAUUAAAGAUGCAAAAUGACAGACUGUAUCAACAGGCUUACCACAAUUCAAAAGCCAAGAUCACCAUUCCGGCUGACAUGGUGGCUCUUCAAGCAGCCAAGCAAUGCCAGUCAUUAGUAAGCGAUAUUGAAUAUCGUCAUCGUUUGCACCAAUGGUCUUGUCUGCCAGACCAGAAUGAUGUGAUUCAGGCAAGGAAGGCUUAUGAACUACAAAGUGAUGCCGUGUAUAAGUCAGAUCUGGAAUGGCUCCGGGGGAUUGGAUGGAUGCCAAAUGAGUCUCCAGAAGUGAAGAGGGUGAAAUUUGCCCAGGAAAUCCUGAGUGACAAUGUGUAUCGCACCCCUGCUGACAAACUGAAAUACACUAACAUUGUCGACACUCCAGAGAUUGUCCUCGCUAAAACCAAUGCUGAACAACUCAGUCUUGCUAAAUACAGAGAAGCAUGGGAUAAAGAUAAAAUCACAAUCCACGUGAUGCCAGACACACCUGAAAUCAUGCUGUCCAGGUCUAAUGCUGUCAAUGUGAGCAAUAAACUUUACAAGGAAGCCUGGGAUGACAUAAAGAAAUUUAUUGAUUUGAGAGCAGAUGCAGUCCCAAUCAAGACAGCCAAAGCCUCAAGAGAAAUUGCCAGUGAUUACAAAUACAAAGAAGGCUAUCGUAAGCAACUUGGACACCAUGUUGGAGCUCGCAGUAUACAAGAUGACCCCAAGCUGGUUUUGGCUAUGCAUGUAGCCAAAAUGCAGAGUGACAGGGAGUACAAGAAAAAUUUUGAGAAAAUAAAGACCAAGAUCCACAGCCCAGUGGACAUGCUGUCUGUCUUGUUGGCCAAGAACUGCCAGAAGCUGGUCAGUGACAUUGAUUACCGCCGCUACCUCCAUGAAUGGACGUGUCUGCCUGACCAGAAUGAUGUCAUCCAAGCCAAGAAAGCCUAUGAGCUUCAGAGUGAUGCUGUUUACAAAUCUGACUUGGAAUGGCUACGUGGAAUUGGCUGGAUGCCGAACGAUUCGGUCAUCGUCAACCAUGUCAAACAUGCUCAGGACCUUUUGAGUGAGAGAAAGUACCGUACAAAAGUUGACAGUCAACCAUUUACCCCAGUAGCUGAUCGGGUUGAUUAUAUCACUGCUAAACAAGGCGGGGAAAUACUAAGUGAUGUUAAGUACCACCAGGAAUGGAAUAAGAUCAAGACAAAUUACACACUAACGGAGACACCACAAUUAGAUGCGGCUAAAGAAGCAGCCAGGAUUCUUAAUCACCAUCUGUACAAGGAAAACUGGGAGAAAGAGAAAGCUACUGGUUAUCUUUUACCUUCUGACAGUGUGCCUAUCCGUCACGCCAAGCAUUCAACUGAUGUCCAAAGUGAGCUGAAAUACAAGGCAGACUAUGUCAACCAAAGAGGUCACUACGUUGGAGUUCAGAAUAUGAGACAAGACCCAAAACUGGUGUGGUUUGAGCAUGCUGGCAAGAUCCAAAAUGACAGGUUAUAUCAACAGGCAUAUCACAAAACCAAGUCCAAAAUUCACAUACCGCCAGAUAUUCUGUCUGUCAUUGCAGCCAAAGACUGCCAGCAUGUAGUCAGUGAAAUUCCAUAUCGUCAUUACCUUCAUGAAUGGACAUGUCACCCUGACCAGAAUGACUGCAUCCAGGCAAGGAAAGCAUAUGACCUUCAAAGUGAUAGUAUUUAUAAAUCAGAUUUGGAAUGGAUCCGUGGCUGUGGUUGGAUUCCUUUAGAUUCAGUGGAACAUAGGAAAGUAAAGAGAGCUCAGGACUUGAUAAACAAGAGAAUCUACACAAAAGAGGCAAUUGACAAUUUUGCCAACUUCACGUCCGUGGAAGAUCCUCCAGAUGUUGUUUUGGCGAAGGCAAACUCAAUCAUUCAGAGUGAUCUGAAAUACAAAGAAACCUUCAACCUUGAGAAAGGUCACUACAUUGGUUCUGACGACACUCCGGCCCUGAGCCAUUCUAGAGACAUGGCUAAGCUCUAUAGUGAUAUAAUUUACAAGGACUCGUGGGAAGCAGGCAAGGCCAUCGGAUACACUCUGCCUCCAGACUACAUCCCUAUCGUUGGUGCCAAACAUGCUGACUAUAUUAACAGUCUGCUUAAAUAUAAAGACGCAUAUGAAAAGCAGAAAGGCCAUUAUCUGGCAGGAACUCAAAUAAAUGACUUCCCAAGUGUUGUCCAUUCUCUUGCUUUCCAAAAAAUAAGGAGCGCGUUGGCCUAUAGGAAGAACUAUGAGGACAAUAAAGCCCACAUUCAUAUCCCAAGUGACAUGAUAAAUCACGUAUUGGCUAAGAAAUGCCAAUAUAUCCUCAGCGAUCUUGAAUACCGGACCUAUCUGCACCAGUGGAACUGUUCGCCUGAAGAGCAUGAUGUUGUUAUGGCUAAAAGAGCCCAGGAAAUUCUUAGUGACGUUGUGUACAAGGAUGACUUAACCUGGCUGAAGGGAAUUGGAUGCUACGUAUGGGACACUCCCCAAAUCCUGCAUGCUAAGAAGUCUUAUGAUCUCCAGAGUCAACUGAAGUACACAAAAGAGGGAAAAGACAAUCUGCAGAACUUUGGCGUGGUUAUGGAUACUCCUGUUUAUGUAACUGCAGUCCAGAGUAGUUUUAAUGCUAGUGAUCUGAAAUACAAAGAACAGUACCACAAAACCAAGGACCAAUAUACUACAGUGCUGGAAACAGUGGAUCAUGAAAGGACUCAGAACCUCAAGCACUUGUUCAGCAGUAACCUGUAUAAGGAAGCAUGGGAUAAAGUGAAAGCCACUGGUUUCACAUUGCCUCCUGAUGCUGUGCCGUUGGUUCGUGCCAAAGAACUGAAGCAUAAUGCCAGUAUUGUAAAGUAUCGGGAGGAAUAUGAUAGGUUUAAAGCACUUUACACUCUACCAAGAGGAGUUCAAGAUGAUCCCAACACUGCAAGAUGCUUAAGAGUUGGCAAGUUGAAUAUUGAUCGUUUGUACAGAGAAGGCUAUGAAAAAAACAAGGCCAAAAUCCAUAUUGCACCAGACAUGGUGGAUAUUGUGUCUGCUAAGAGCACUCAGAAGAAAGUCAGUGAAAUUGACUAUCGCAUCCGUCUCCACGAGUGGGCCAACAUCCCAGAUCUUCAUGCCAAUGCCCUUGCUCGAAAAGUCAAUGACCAACUUAGUGAUAUUGUAUACAAAGAUGACCUCAACUGGCUCAAAGGCAUAGGCUGCUUUGUUUGGGAUACGCCUGAAAUUCUCCAUGCCAAACAUGCUUAUGACCUGCGCGAUGAUUUCAAAUACAAGUCGAAAGCAGAGAAAAUGAAGAGCAAAUAUACCGUGGUCACAGACACUCCUGUCUAUGUUCAGAAUGUCCUGAGUGGCAUGAAUCUGAGUGAAGCUGUUUACCGUCAUGACUACGUACACAAUAUCAAAGGGAAAUAUACACCCACAGAGAAGACAGUGGAUCUGGAGCGGGCAAAUCAUGCCAACAAGAUACAGAAUGAAGGUCUGUACCGAAAUGCUGGCUUGCAUGCACUUCCCACUGGUUAUAAACUCCCACCGGACACCCCUGGUUUCAAGCAUGCUAAACAUGCCCAGUACAUUGGCAGUGAUCUGAAAUAUAAGGAAGUGUUUGAACACUUCAAAGCUAAAGGUUACAAUUUUGGACCCAAAGCUGUUCCUUUUGUAACUACAAGGAAAGUCAACAAAAUUCUCAAUGAGAGGCUUUAUCGGGAGACAUAUCAUAAAAAUAAGGACAAGAUUCACACUACACCUGAUACACCAGAAAUCCGACAAGUGAAAACUAAUCAAGAAUCUUUCAGUGAUCUGAUCUACAAGACUGAUUUCUUCAAGAUGCAAGGACACUUGAUUUCCAUGCCAUUUACUCCUCAAACGAUACACAGCCGUUACGUUGGAGAGAUUACAAGUGAUGUUAAAUACAAAGGAGAUCUGCAGUGGCUGAGAGGUCUGGGCUGCUUGCUGUAUGAUACUCCUGAUAUGGUCCGUGCUCGGCAUUUGCGCAAACUCUGGUCUCAUUAUGUGUAUACUGAUUCUGCAAAGAAGAUGCAAGAUAAAUAUCAAGUGGUUCUGGACACACCUGUGUACAGGAACAUCCAGGAGCUAAAGACCCAUUUGAGUGAACUUGUAUACAGAGCUGCAGGCAAAGAGCAAAAGACCAAGUACACAUCUAUACUUGAUACACCAGAUUUCAAAAGGGCCAAAAGAGGACAAAAACUGCAAAGUAAGUACUUGUAUGUAGAACUUGCCACCAAAGAAAGACCCCAUCACCAUCUUGGGGACCACACGCCUGCCUUGACACUUGCUAAGCAUAUGAAGGAUCUGGUUAGUGAGAACAAAUACAAAAGCCAGUAUGAGAAGAUGAAGCAUAAAUACGUAACGGUUCCUGACACACCAAUCCUCAUCAGGGCUAAGAAGGCGUACUUGAAUGCUAGUGAUCUACGCUACAAAGAAACUUUUGAGCAAGCAAAGGGAAAAUACCACACAGUAAAAGAUGCCUUGGAUAUCGUCUAUCAUCGCAAGGUCACUGAUGAUAUCAGCAAAGUGAAAUAUAAAGAAAAGUACAUGAGUCAAUUAGGAAUCUGGAGAUCAAUCCCAGACCGGCCAGACCACUUCCAUCACCGUGCAGUCACCGAUGCAGUCAGUGAUGUUAAAUAUAAGGAAGACUUAGUAUGGCUCAAAGGCAUUGGCUGCUACGCAUGGGAUACUCCAGAUCUUGUCCUUGCAGAAAAGAACAAGGCAUUGUACAGUCCGUGUAAAUACAAGGAAUCGUUUGAAAAGAUAAAGUCUAAGUUCAAGUAUGUUGCUGACACUCCAGUUAACAGGCAUGUUAAGUAUGCUACCCAGUUGAUGAACGAGAAAUUGUACAAAUCUGAUUAUGAGAAGAAGAAAGAUAAAUAUUCCCUUGUGGUGGAUGACCCUAGAACCUUGUUGGCCAAAUUGGGAGGUGAACUGAGUAGUCAGAAAAAAUAUAAGUCUAGUGCCAAGUUGUUCCUGCAACAUGGAUGUAAUGAAAUUCUGCGACCAGAUAUGCUGACAGCAUUGUACAACACACAUCAGUGGAGCCAGUACAAAUACAAAAGGCUGUAUGAAAAGCAGAAGGACAAGUUUACAAGUAUUGUGGACACUCCAGAGCAUCUGAGGACCACAAAGGUCAACAAACAAAUCAGUGAUAUCCUUUACAAGAUGGAAUACAACAAGGCCAGACCGAAGGGAUAUACCACGAUCCAUGACACUCCCAUGUUACUUCAUGUGCGAAAGGUCAAGGACAGAAUAAGUGAUCUGAAAUACAAAGAACUUUAUCAGCAGAACAAGUCCCACUGCAAUGUUGUACCAGAUUCUGUUCACAUUAAGGCUGCCAAGCAGGCCUACAAAGUAAACAGCAAUCUUGAUUACAAGAAGAAAUAUGAAGCAACCAAGGCUCACUGGCACUGGACUGUGGACAGACCUGAUUUUAUCCAAGCUGCCAAAACAUCUCUGCAACAGAGUGAUUAUGAGUACAAAUUGGAUCGAGAAUAUUUUAGAGGAUGCAAACUUUCCGUAACGGAUGACAAAAACACAGUGCUGGCCUUGAAGAAUGCAAUCUUGGCAAGCGAUUUAAAAUAUAAAGAGAAGCAUAACAAGGAAAGGGGAACGAUCCAUCCAGUUCCAGAUACUCCUCAGAUUCUUCUUGCAAAGGCUGUUAGCUCUCUUGUGUCUGAGAACAAAUACAAAGAACAUGUAAAGAAACAUCUUCCACAUGGUUCUUUUACGAAAUUGCCUGAGACACGGGAUACUGUUCACGUUAAAGAAGUAACUAAGAACGUCAGUGAGACAAAUUAUAAAAAGAAGUUUCAGAAGGAGAAAGGCAAGUCAAACUAUUCAAUCAUGCAGGAGCCUCCUGAUGUGAAGCACGCCAUGGAAGUUGCAAAGAACCAGAGUAUUAUCCAAUACAAAAAAGAUGCCAAAUCAAAGCUUCAUUACACUUCUGUGGCAGAUCGACCAGAUAUUAAGAAAGCCACUCAAGUCGCCAAGUUAGUUAGUGAUAUUCAAUAUAAAGCCAAGGCUCGUGGAGAAGCUGGCAGGGGAAUUAGUAUGCUUGGACGUCCAGAUAUUGAACUUGCUAAGGAGGUGUCCAAGCUUACAAGUCAGCUGAAGUACAAAGAAAGGUUUGAGAAGGAGAAGAAAAAGAAGCCGCAAUAUGACCUGAAGGACGCCAAGAUCUACAAGACCCUAAAAGAUGCUCAUCACAUCGCUAGUGAGGUUAAAUAUAAGGCAGACCUGAAGAAACUUCACAAGCCAGUGACGGACAUGUCUGAAUCCCUGGCAAUGCAUCAUGUUCUGAAUACCAGCCCACUUGCCAGUUCUUACCAGUACAAGAAGCAGUAUGAGAAGAGUAAGGGUCACUACCAUGUGGUUCCAGAUAACCUUGAACAGCUUCAUCUAAAGGAGGCCUCAGAACUUCAGAGCAUAGUUAAGUACAAGGAAAAAUAUGAAAAGGAAAGAGGGAAGCCCAUGCUGGACUUUGAAACACCAACUUACAUCACAGCGAAGGAGGCUCAGCACAUGCAAAGCGAGAAAGAAUAUAAAAAAGACUUUGAAGACAUUAAAGGCAGAAACCUUGCUGGCCUGGAGAUUACACCAUCUUUAUUGCAUGUCAGAUAUGCCACCAAAAUAGCAAGCGAGAAAGAAUAUAGGAGAGAUUUGGAAGAAGGUGUCAGAGGUAAAGGUCUCACCAUACUGGAAGAGACCCCAGACUUACUCAGAGCAAAGAAUGCAACUCAUAUCUUAAAUGAGAAAGAAUACAGAAAAAAUCUAGAGAUGGAAAUCAAAGGAAGAGGCCUAACAGCCCUUGCACUGGAAACACCAGAUUAUAUGAGGGCAAAGAAUGCCACAGACAUUGCUAGCCAGAUUAAAUAUAAGCAAUCUGCAGAAAUGGAAAAAGCCAAUUAUACCACUGUUGUUGACACUCCAGAGAUCAUUCAUGCACACCAAGUGAAGAACUUUUCAAGCCAGAAAAAGUAUAAAGAGGAAGCUGAGAGAACCAUGUCAUACUAUGUGCCUGUUCUAGACACACCAGAAAUGCAGAGAGUCCGGGAGAACCAAAAGAACUUUAGCAUGCUUCAGUACCAACAUGAUCUGCAGCACAGCAAAGGAAAAGUCACCGUAGUAAAUGAAACACCAGAAAUACUACGAGUUAAAGAAAACCAGAAGAACUUCAGCACGAUUUUAUAUAAAGAAGAUAUUGGAACAGGAACAGCUAUUGAAAAGACGCCCGAGAUGCAGAGAAUUAAACAAACCCAGGAUGCAAUAAGCACGAUUAAGUACAAGGAUCACAUUGGAAAAGGAACUCCCAUUUCUGACCUUCCUGAAGUCAAGCGGGUCAAGGAGACACAGAAGCACAUCAGCUCGGUUUUGUACAAAGAGAAUGCAGGGCAAGGAACCCCAAUACCGGUUACUCCAGAGAUAGAGAGAGUCAAACGCAAUCAAGAACACAUUAGCUCGGUGUCAUACAAAGAAAACUUGGGGACAGGAACACCAACUCCUGUUACCCCAGAAAUGGAGCGAAUCAAGCGCAUUCAGGAGAACAUUAGCUCGGUGUCGUACAAAGAAAAUUUGGGGACCGGAACCCCAACACCCAUUACUCCAGAGAUGGAGAGAGUCAAACGCAAUCAAGAAAACUUUAGCUCGGUCUUAUACAAAGAAAACCUAGGGACAGGAAUCCCAACUCCUGUCACUCCAGAAAUUGAAAGAGCCAAACACAACCAAGAAAUCUUUAGCUCGGUGUUGUACAAAGAAAAUGUAGGGAAAGCAACCCCGACCCCUGUCACUCCUGAGAUGGAGAGAGUCAAACGCAAUCAAGAACACAUUAGCUCGGUUUUGUACAAAGAGGAAUUGGGAAAAGGUAUCCCAACACCUGUCACUCCUGAGAUGGAGAGAGUCAAACGCAAUCAAGAACACAUUAGCUCGGUUUUAUACAAAGAGGAAUUGGGGAAAGCAACCCCAGCCCCUGUCACUCCUGAGAUGGAGAGAGUCAAACGCAAUCAAGAACACAUUAGCUCGGUUUUGUACAAAGAGGGAUUGGGGAAAGGUACCCCGACAUCUGUCACUCCUGAGAUGGAGAGAGUCAAACGCAAUCAAGAAAACAUUAGCUCGGUUUUGUACAAAGAGGGAUUGGGGAAAGGUACCCCAACACCUGUCACUCCUGAGAUGGAAAGAGUCAAACGCAAUCAAGAACACAUUAGCUCGGUUUUGUACAAAGAAAAUUUGGGGCGAGCAACCCCGACACCUGUCACUCCAGAGAUGGAAAGAGCCAAACGCAAUCAAGAAAACGUUAGCUUGGUGUUGUACAAAGAGAACUUGGGAAAAGGAACCCCGACAUCUGUCACUCCAGAGAUGGAGAGAGCUAAACGCAAUCAAGAAAACAUUAGCUCGGUCCUGUAUUCUGACAGUUUCCGGAAACAAGUGCAAGGUAAAGCAGCCUUUGUCCUGGAUACUCCUGAAAUGAGGCGUGUUCGAGAGACGCAACGACACAUUUCCACAGUGAAAUACCAUGAAGACUUUGAAAAGAGCAAAGGCAGUUUUACACCUGUUGUUACUGACCCCAUAACUGAGCGUGUAAAGAAGAACAUGCAGGACUUCAGUGAUAUUAACUACCGGGGGAUUCAGAGACGAGUAGUGGAAAUUGAGCGAAAACGGGUGGAUCAGGAUCAAGAACUGAACAAUCUCACAGAUCUUCGUGUGUGGCGUACUAAUCCUGGAUCCGUCUUUGACUAUGACCCAGCAGAAGACAACAUUCAGUCUAGAAGCUUACACUUGAUUACUGUUCAUGCCCAGCGACGCAGUCGAGAACAAUCUCGCUCAGCCAGUGCACUGAGCCUCAGUGCUGGAGAUGAGAAAUCUGAGCAUUCAGAGGCUGCCGAUCAGCAUCUGUCCUGUUACAGCAACGGAGGCUUCUUUAACACAUCUGCAGCAGUGGACUACAAACAUGCUAAAACUGUAGAGCUGCCACAACAAAGAUCAUCUUCUGUUGCCACUCAGCAGACAACAGUAUCUUCCAUCCCCUCUCAUCCAUCUACUGCAGGGAAGACAUACCGUGCCAUGUAUGACUACACAGCAGCUGAUGCAGAUGAAGUCUCCUUCAAAGAUGGCGAUGCAAUUGUAAAUGUCCAAGCGAUUGAUGAAGGCUGGAUGUACGGGACUGUGCAGAGAACAAGCAAAACAGGCAUGCUUCCAGCCAACUAUGUAGAAGCAGUUUAAGCCAAAAAGAGGAGGCCUUCCACCACAAUAAAAAGACACCAUACACAAGGGCUAUCAAUUGUAAACCUUAACACUCUUCCAAAUGAAGUGCCUUAUUGUUUUCCUUUGUUGAUAUGCAUUAGCUAUUGCCUUUUACACAAAGAUUUCAGCAAACAUUCUUUGACAGAACCGAAUCAUUUGAGAUACUAGUCACGGAACCAGUGGGAAGUCGAUUCCUACCACCCUCCACCACUGCCUUGAUUGACUAGACUUGCACAUUCAAACCUGUUUGAUGCUCAGUUCUACGAUACCAUCUCCUUUUUGUUUGGUAUCAAGGUGAAUUUCCACACUACUCAUUUUUGUAAUGGAAACAUCUAACUGUGUUAUAGUUUUAAUGGUUUUCUUAUCAAGAGAUGCAGUGUUCUCUUGUGAUAUGCUAAAAGUAGCUGAAUGUAUUUAUUUCUGUUUCAAGUAAGCAACUAUGUAAAGCUAACAUCUCAAACCAGUAAGAAGAAACUUGGAAAAGCCUCUCCACUUGUCUGCUUACAGAACGCUGAUGCAUGCAUUUUUCACCUGAGUGUUCCUGGGUCACAGUGCUGUUAUUCCCGCUCCAUUAGCGACUAAUAAAAAUCAUAUAUCUGC